AUUCCUAUAUAAGAAGAUCACAUCAAAAAUGGAUCUCCAAAACACAAUCAAACUUGAAUCAAAAAUAAAUUAAUUAACACUCUCAAAAAUGGCCACCAGGCCCACCACCACCCCUUCACUUCUCAAUAAUUUCUCCAUCUCCUUCUUCCUCAUCCUCUCCAUCUUCACUUCCCAAGCUCUUUCUCAAUCAAACGAUGAAUGCACCACUGCCUCCUCCUCCUGCAACGACAAAGCUGCAGCUUUGCCGCUCAAGAUCAUCGCCAUCGUUACAAUCUUAAUCACCAGCUUGAUCGGCGUUUCUGCGCCGCUUUUCACUCGUUCGGUCAAAGCUCUCCACCCUGAUCGGAAUUUGUUCGUUGUUGUGAAGUCUUUUGCCGCCGGGAUCAUUCUGGCGACCGGGUUCAUGCACGUGCUGCCAGACUCUUUUGACAUGUUGUCGUCAAGUUGUUUGGAGGAUAAUCCAUGGCAUAAGUUUCCUUUUACGGGGUUCGUGGCGAUGUUGUCUGCGAUUGUGACGCUCAUGGUGGACUCUUUGGCGACGAGUAUUUAUAGCGAGAAGUGUAAUGCUGGUGGUGGUGUUGUUAUUCCGGAGGGUGAAAGGGACGAAGAGCUGGCGGCAGCACCUCCGAGCUUCGGACAUAUGCAUGGCCACAGCCACCAUCUUGAUCAAACAAAGACAGCAGGGAGUGUUGGUUCCCAGCUGAUGCGGUAUCGUGUUAUUGCUAUGGUAUUAGAAUUGGGAAUUGUAGUACAUUCAAUUGUGAUAGGGCUUUCUGUUGGAGCCUCAAACAAUACUUGCAGCAUUAAAGGUCUUAUUGCAGCUCUUUGCUUCCACCAAAUGUUUGAAGGAAUGGGCCUCGGUGGUUGCAUUCUCCAGGCUGAGUACAAGCUAUUCAAGAAGAUGGUAAUGGUGUUCUUCUUCGCCGUAACGACGCCAUUUGGCAUUGCCCUAGGGAUCGCAUUGUCAAACACAUACAAAGAGAACAGUCCAACAGCAUUGAUCUCAGUAGGGUUGUUGAAUGCUUCAUCAGCCGGGCUUCUAAUCUACAUGGCUCUAGUUGAUCUUCUUGCUGCUGACUUCAUGGGCCAAAAGUUGCAGGGAAGCAUUAGGCUUCAGCUUAAAUCUUAUGUUGCUGUUCUUCUUGGUGCUGGUGGCAUGUCCCUAAUGGCAAAAUGGGCUUGAGAUUUUGAUUGUAUCAUA